GUGGGGCGGGGCCUUGUCACCGGCGGCGCGCGGCGCCCCACUGCCUCCGCACUAGAGGACACGGGCAAGAUGGCGGCGUCUGCGGCGGCACUGCGGCACCUGGCGCCGCUGGGCGCCUGCCUUGCCCGCCUCUCGCUGCAGGGCCGCGCCGCCGGGAGACUGCUCCAGUCGCGCAGAGGGAUCCGCCUUUCCGCGCCCGCCGCCGUACAGGUGACGGUGCGGGAUGCGCUGAACCAGGCGCUGGAUGAGGAGCUAGAGCGAGACGAGCGCGUCUUCUUGCUGGGCGAGGAGGUCGCCCAGUACGACGGGGCCUACAAGAUCUCCAGGGGUCUCUGGAAGAAGUACGGGGACAAGAGGGUCAUCGACACCCCGAUAUCGGAGAUGGGCUUUACAGGAAUCGCUGUUGGUGCUGCUAUGGCAGGGUUGAGACCCGUGUGUGAAUUCAUGACCUUCAACUUCUCCAUGCAAGCAAUCGAUCAGGUUAUAAACUCAGCUGCCAAGACCUGUUACAUGUCUGCGGGAUCAAUCGCUGUGCCCAUUGUCUUCCGGGGCCCCAACGGAGCAUCAGCUGGAGUGGCUGCUCAGCACUCCCAGUGCUUUGCAGCAUGGUAUGGGCACUGCCCAGGUCUGAAAGUUGUUAGUCCUUGGAGCUCAGAAGAUGCCAAAGGUCUGCUGAAAGCAUCAAUCCGGGACGAUAAUCCAGUUGUGGUGCUGGAAAAUGAAUUGCUGUAUGGUGUUCCCUUUGAAAUGUCUGAACAGGCACAGUCAAAGGACUUCAUAGUUCCAAUUGGAAAAGCUAAGAUAGAAAAGCAAGGAACUCAUGUUACAUUAGUGUCACACUCAAGACCUGUUGGACACUGUUUGGAAGCAGCUGCUGUACUUUCCAAAGAAGGUGUAGAGUGUGAGGUCAUAAAUCUGCGAACCAUUCGACCAAUGGACAUUGAAACGGUGGAAGCCAGCGUUGUAAAGACAAACCACCUUGUAACUGUUGAAGGAGGUUGGCCACAGUUUGGAGUAGGAGCUGAAAUCUGUGCCAGGAUCAUGGAAGGACCUGCCUUUAACUACUUGGACGCUCCAGCUGUGCGUGUUACCGGCGCGGAUGUCCCUAUGCCUUACGCCAAAAUUUUAGAAGAUAACUGCAUACCUCAAGUCAAGGAUAUAAUAUUUGCAGUGAAGAAAACUUUGAACAUCUAAGUUGUAAAUAUCAUGUUUUAAAGUCCUGCUUUUCAAAAGUAUUCAUGUUGUAGGGGGCAAGCUGUAUGUAUAACUUUCGUUGUAUGGUUACAUGAACUUCUGUACAGUGGGGAAAGUAAUGGUGACCUUCCAAAAUAUUUAUAGGGGGUUACCCUCUAAGCCACACUUCAUAUAAACAACAAUGUGGUAAUGCUUGUUUGUUCAGCAGUACAGGUGGGUUGGUGCUACUGUAUGUGGAGAAAUCCCAGUCUAAAUCCAGAGCAAGGAAAAAUUCCCCCAUUUCUGCUUGGCUUGUAAUUACUGGCUAUAGUGGCAGCUGAGUGAAGAGCUGUAGUGAUCAGGAUGAGCCCUGGAGUCCAGCCCUGGAAUGCUGUACAGCUCUCUGGGAGCCCAUGGUUGCAAGGCUUGUUAAAGGUGAAUGACGCAACUGGGGUGGGUGAAGACUUGCUUUCAGUUAACUGCAGCUCUGCCCAGAGCAGCUUUGAAAGCCUGUGGUAUGGACUUAUAGAGGGCUAACAUGGUGAAUUUGAAGAACAGUCUAUUGUGCAAUAAAGUUCUGCACAAGAAUUUAAAUAAAAGAUCCUGAUCCUCUUCAGUAAGUGAUGGGGAAACACUACCUAGUUUAUCUUUACUAGCUGCCAUAUACAGUGUUAAAAAAAGUCUUGCCCUGAUGCCUUUCUUUUAUGUUUUGGGGGUUGGCUCUUUUCAAACUCAUUGCUACCAACAGCACACUCAAACUGUAGUUCCUACAAUGCAAAAUAAGUUACUUUAUUCAGAGACCCUGUGUCUGGGUCUGAAGCAGCAGUUGUGUAGGUUGUGCUGGAACAGCUGAGAAGUAGUUACAGCAUCCCUUUGGCAGAUCACCACGUACCAGGGUGUAGCUUUGUUUAGCAGCUUCUGGUACAGAGUCAAUGCUGCCAGUGGGAGCCUGUGCAGUGUGGCUUGCUCUGUUACCCUAUCAGGCUGCCCUCUCCCUGAGCUGUUGGAGGGGAGACGCUUACCUCUGUCAGCAGACAAGAAGAGCUCGGGUCCUGUUUCAGUCGAGGACCUGGAAUACCUUUCAGAGUACUGCAGAAGUGCUGCUGGGUUCUCAGGAGGCCUGGCUUGCAGGUGCAGUCCUAGCUGAACACACCCACCACCACACUGCUGAAGGAAUUCCAUUAACAUUUUAAUAAAAAUGACUGAAUAUCACAGGUUACAUGAAACUUUGUACAGACAUUCUCUGCAUAGUAACAAACACUGAUGUACUUGAAUUUUAAAAAAUGGAUUAUCUAUAAUCCUUUAAAGUGCAAUUUGUUUAAGGUUUUAAAUCAAAAAGGAUCUUUCAAUAAAGUUUAAGCAGUAGAAUUAACUUGAA